GGUGGCUCAGGGGUUCCGUGUGGAAAGGAGUGUUGGGGGUUCGGGUGCAAAGUUUAGUUUCAAACCGUCUGCAAAGAGCGGUGGUGCCGCUGCCUUUUGGAGCGGGGAGACGGAGACGAGAAGCAGAGACGGCGCCGCGGCGGCAGCCGAAGGACCGAGCAGAGGGAGAGCCUCCCCAGGAACCGGCAGCCGGCGGACUCCGGGAGAAGAAGAGAGCCGGGAAGCCGCGCGGCCGGCUCCGCCACCCCGUUGGCCGCGCCGGGCACCCCCAGUAUAGCUGUUGCUUCCUUGGCGCCUGCCGUCUCCGCCUCCUCCGCCCUUCCCGAUCCGCUGCUGAGCCGAGCCGAGCAGGAGGGCUCUCGCUGCUGGGCUCGCUCUAGGAGGAUGGGUGUGGAGGAUCCCGGCAAGCCGCCGGCCCCGGGUCGGGGUCGGGGUCGGCGGCGGCGGCUGAUGUGCAUGCUGGCGCUGACCUUCCUCUUCUUCGUGCUGGAGGUGGUGGUGAGCCGCGUGACGGCCUCGCUGGCGAUGCUCUCCGACUCCUUCCACAUGCUCUCGGACGUGAUGGCCCUGGUGGUGGCCCUGGUGGCCGUGCGCUUCGCCCAGCGCACCCGCGCCACCAAGAAGAACACCUUCGGGUGGGUGCGGGCCGAGGUGAUGGGCGCCCUGGUCAACGCCGUCUUCCUGACCGCCCUGUGCUUCACCAUCCUGCUGGAGGCCAUCGAGCGCUUCACCGAGCCCCACGAGAUCCAGCAGCCCGCCGUGGUCAUCGGCGUCGGGGUGGCCGGGCUGCUGGUCAACCUCCUGGGGCUCUGCCUCUUCCACCAGCACGGCGGCGGCGGCGGCCACGGCCACUCGCACGGAGGGGGCGGGGGCCACCACCGGGGCAAGGCGGAGCGGCCUCCCGCCGGCGACCCGCAGAAGGAGGAGGAGACCAACACCCUGGUGGAGAACUACAGCAGCUCCAACGGAGUGAGCCUGGAGAAGCUAGGUGAUAUGAAAGACAGGGAAGUGAACCUACAGCCAAAUGGAAAUAUUAGCGAUGAUUCUCUAGAAAUGGAGGUUGAAGUAGACUCUAGUGCCCAGCUCAACAUGCGUGGAGUAUUCCUUCAUGUUCUUGGAGAUGCCUUGGGUUCAGUUGUUGUUGUGGUGAAUGCCUUGAUAUUCUAUUCUUACUGGACUCCAUGCCCCAAGGAUGGGCCUUGUCAUAAUCCAUGUAUCAAUGACCACUGUGAGGGAAAUAGUUCUCAAAAUUUUGGCAAUAUGAAUGCAACUGAAUUGGAGACAAUUCCUCAAGCUGGUCCCUGCUGGGUUUUGUAUCUCGAUCCUGCAUUGUGUCUGAUAAUGGUUUUCAUCCUGCUCUACACAACUUAUCCGCUGCUUAAAGAAUCCGCCCUUAUCCUUUUGCAAACUGUUCCCAAGCAAAUUGAUAUUCGCUCUUUAAGCGAGAAACUCCGUAAACUGGAAGGAGUGGAAGCUAUCCACGAAUUGCAUGUUUGGCAGCUGGCUGGAAGCAGGAUCAUUGGCUCCGCUCACAUCAAGUGUCCAGACCCAGAAUCGUACAUGAAAGUGGCGAAGCACAUUAAAGACAUCUUUCACGAUGAAGGGAUACACGCAACAACCAUUCAACCUGAAUUUACUGUUAUGGGUACUGAUGUGAAUGCUAGCAAAUGUGAACUGCCCUGCAAAGUCCAGUGUGCUCUGAAGCAGUGUUGUGAGACUGUGGAAAAGGUUGCUGCAAAGAAGCCUGAAAAGGCAAUUAGUAUUUCUUGCUCUGAAAUAGUCAUUGGCUCUCCACACCACAAAGCCAGGAGGACUAAAUCAGAGUGUAUACCUGUUGUAAAGCUAGAGUCAGAACCUGACCCUAACAAACAAUUUGAAUCAUCUUUGUAAUUCCCAAAGUUGUGCUGAGUGGAAUCCUGGAUUCGAUCACAGGUUGGUUGUGAGAAGAAACUAAUUUUAAAGAGACAACUUGCAGAGUAAUGUAACUGCUGAAGUCCCUGUUCUUGUCACAUCUAAUAAAUCUCAUCUGCCUGCUUGAAAGGAUAUCAUUGUGCCAUCCUGAUACACCGUUUGUGUUCACUUUUAGUUGAAUAGCACAGAAAAGUUCAGCAAUGCUGCAGCAACUCUGAAAAACCUGUUCCAACAUUUCUACUGAGAUGAGAUGACUUUUGAGUUUAAAACUAAAAAUUCUUCCGACAGUCCUCUUCCCCCACCCCCAAACUUGAAACUCGGUUUUAUUAAGUUUCUCUGUCCUGUCUCUCUCUUUCUCUGAAAAUAUUUUAUAAACCAUAAGGAGAGGAAACCAAAGUUGGCAGAAAUGUUUUUUGCUUUUUUUUAUAAACACCUUGCGGAAUUUUAGUUCCUUUUUCAAUGGUAGGGUGGAUGCAAUUCUAAGUAGGCUUACUACAUAGCAUUAGUAGCAUCUUAAAACAUAUCCAGUACUUGUUGGCAAGGCCCCUCUUUGUAUUGGGUCUGUAAAGUAGGAGAAAGUGGCUGCGUUGAGAAUGGACUGUAAAGAAUUACAUUCUGUUAAGUUUAUUUGUUUAUCCCCUGUACUGUAAGGUUAACUUUUCAGACAGAAAUUGAACAUACCCUUCAGGAGUAUUGUUUUUUUCCUUCUCUAUUACAAAGCUUCAUUAGACUAUUGUGUAGGUUUUAGAAUUUAAUGGAAACUCAAGUGGAGUUGUGCUGGGACUAGAAAUCCAGAGCUGGUCUCUGUUUUAGCAGCGUCAUCUCUGGCUUGCUCUAAUGGAAGGGUCUGUUACUACCAGCUGGAUUACAUCUAGUUUUCUGGAUUUAUAAUUUUUUUAAGCAUCUAGAACUGAAUUGGUGUAUAUUGCUUAAACAUUUUAUAUAAUAUAUAUAAUUUCUUAAGAUAUUUGUCCCAUUCUGAGCCAAUUUGCCCAUUAGGCUAAAACCGUGUGCAGUUAAAACACCAUGAAUAACAAAAUACAGGCAGCUAAGGCAACAGUUGCAACAUACUGUCAAUUAUUUUGCCUGCAACAAUUUCAUAUGGUGGAGCAGAACUCUGGCCUAGUUCAGUCUUAUCAAGUUUUAGGUUUGGAAGGCCUAAAGAUGCAAACUGUUUGGUAAAUGAAGUAGUGGGUGGAAAUGCUUUCUCUUGCCAAUUAUUUGCUACAUGAAUUGGGCAAGUGGCUUGGGUGCAAUCCACGAAUCCUCUUCCAAUAAAGUAGCUUAGUCCCACUGAAGUUGCGGGACUAACAUGGUUCUGAGUACAAGGAUGUUGGCUAAAGUUAUUCUGGAUCUGCCUCUUGUCUUCACUUUUUUUGAUGAAUUAAAAAUAGGAAAAAUUUGUACCCACAGAGAUGGCAUGGAUGUGAACUAGUUCUAACACACUUUGAGAUCUCUUGUUGGAAGGUACAGGAUUUCAGGAUUGCUAUAUUUCUGUAACAUAGCUUAGUACUUUCAACAGUGGUUCUGUGUACAAUCACUACCAGCUACUGCCAGAGGAACAGAGUCUGGUUGGGAGUUGCCUUAAGCAUUUUAGUCUGUGUUAAGUUAAGGGUUUUUUUGCCUUUUAGUUUUAAUGGCAGUGUCGUUUUGUAUCCCAUGCUCUGGAAUACAUUGGCACAGGCAGCUGUGGGCAAAGGGAGGGAGCCUGGAAACAGAGCUCCAUUAGCAAAGCAGGUGGUCCUGCCUGCCUCUUCCCCCUCCCUUGCAGUUGCCCGUGCUGCCACACCCAGCAUUGCCAAGGGUCUCUCAACAACAGCCCCUUGGUAAUCUCGGGGGGGGGGACUGUCCCGGAAGAAGGUGGUGUCUGUGAAUACUCUGCAUUGUGCACAGUGCUGGUCUUUGUGAGCCACUGAACUUCACUGACUUGCCCUGCUUUUUAUUAGCAUGGGGUUGCCAAAAGUGGUAGACCCCAUCCCCUGCACUGCACUUCCCAGUGUGGCAUUCAAGCCUAACUUUUGCAGAACGCACUCUAAAAGCGUUACAAGGCUGUACUUGUAAAAUGAUCUGAUAUGCUUAGCAAUGCCUCUUGUGCCCCUUUUGUUAGUGUCACCGGUUACUACCCCCAAUUUGUCUCCCAUUCAUUAUUGGAAGUAUGCAAUAACCACUUUGUGAUUCUCAUGCAACUGUAUUUUAAUUGAAAUACAGCAAUUCUGGAAGUCUCGGCAGCUUUACUCUUGCAUUGACACAGCUAGACGGCAUAGCUGUUUCACUGGGAAUGUACAGAAUAGACAAUGUAUUGAUAGACAGGCAGAAAAAGCCACUAUAUUAUAAUAAGCCUUGAAGCUAAAGAGGUUCCCAUUUCUUUUUGUGUGUGUGUGUGCUACACAUAUGAACUAGCCCCCCCUCUUUUUAAAGGGGUUCCAUCUUGCAUAGACUUGGAAGAUGGCACACGACCUAGAUGGUCACGUUACUUUUAAUCUCAUCUUUGCUUUAAUGGGCCCACUUCUUGAACUGGGUUAGCUGGUAUAUACUUUGGAAUAUGGUGGUAGCUUCUUUGGAGCAUUUUUAAAAACAACAAAAACUGCUGUAUCUCUCUAAAGCACAAACUUUGAUUCUCUCAUUUUUGAGUUUGCACUGCAGUGAUAAGGGAGGAAAGCAGUUAAAUGUUUUGUGUACAGGUGCAAUUUUAUGUGUCAGGUUUUAAAAAAUUUAUUCAACAGCUUGCUUUUUUGGUAAAACAUUUUAUAUCCAUUUCUGCUUUUCACAUGUAGGGUUUCAGAAACAUCAGCUAGAUAACUUUUUUUAUUUGGAACAAAACUGAACACUUUAAAUAACCACCUCCAGCUACAGGAGGUAUCUGUUAUACUUGAUUGCAUGUAAGAAUAUGGAAGCCAGUUCUGCAAACACGUAGAUUUUUUUCCUAAAUUCCAGAGGUGUUUCAACUAGAACAGAAAUAAUGAACACUGCAUGUUCCAUACAUAUGUGUCUGGCAAACCUCAUAAUGUCAGGUGACUGGUCUACUUAGCCGCAUUUUCACAGCAAAAACAGCAUCAUGGCUUUCUGAGACGUGUUGCUGAAAAUAUAGUGAAGUAAAUGUGAAGUGGCUGGACUCCUUUAAGAAGUUCCACUGCAGAAACUCACAGAUGAACUUGUGUUAUGUUCACGCACUGACAUGUGGAGCAGCUCUGGAAGAUGACUGGAUUAUGAUUACUUAGUGUUUGCAGAACUGGCCUAUAAAUGAGAGAAAGAGACCUUUUACAAAUGGAUUGUUUGUAAGUGGCACUCAUGUUUGAAUGUUUCAAAACUACUUACAGUUCUGGAAGCAAGCAGUGCUCAAGAAGAUUCCUUUAUCAUGCUGUAAGGUCUGCUUUUCCCUUCUCCCUCCCCCACCCUGUGAGCAUCAGUAGCACUUGCUGUAUGCAAAUAGUUGCAGUUCAGCAACUCUUCACAUCCAUCCAUCAGCAAGACCACUGUCUCCAUGGAGUUAAUGGGAAACUGUUUGUUUCUGAGUAGAAUGCACUUUUUGGCUUCUCACUAGUGGGGGAGAAACCACCUUAACACUGCACCCCCUUGAGGUUUUUUUUACCCUCUAAGUUGCUUGUGAAAGGAGUAUUAAAUAUUUAAAGGUAUUAAAUACAAGAUUUAAAUAUGCUGCUUUAAUUUCAUAAUAGCAUCAAUGUAGCCUUCUGAGACUCUGGCUUAUGUUUACAGAACAAUAAUUGAAUAUUACAAUAAAUGUUCUAUUUUGGUUCUUUCUUGCACCAUCACUUCACCACAUGGUGAAAUGAAAGGUACUAGCGCUUCACGUGCCUGAGAUGAGAACAUAUUUUGAAAUUUCUUUUGUAAGCCAAAUGCAGCCUUACUUAUAACAGGAGCUUUGAUUCCUCCAUGUGAUCUUGGGUUUGUGUCAUUAAACUGCCUGUAUGAAGAACACUUCUGUGUCUUACAAGUACGUGAGCCUGAUUUCCAACACCCCCACUUGUGUGCUGUGUGUGUGUGUAUUUAAGUGUUCUUGAGUCUCCACACCCAUCUGCUUCGUGGUAGCUAGAGAGACAUCAUCUCUUGCAUUACAUGGGUUGUGUUUGAAACCAGUUUUGGAGACAUAAUCGGCAUGUUUGUACCUGGCUACAUCUUACCAGUGACAAUGGGCUUCUGUUAAACCAGUAAUGCUACUGUGUUUCUUUGCAUAAACAUAAAACUGAGAAGGAAAUAAAUAUUGCUAUAUAAAACAUGAAA